CGCAGCACUGUUGUCCUUGGCCAGAAGUAUUAGGCUGGCGGAUUGACGUAUUUUAGCCAACACUUGCUUCGACAUGACUUAGCUGUCGAACUCUCGCCUCGCGGUGCAAAGGUGAAAAUAAAAUAUGAUUUCGAUAUGAAUUAAGUGGUUGAAAAGCCACGAUCAGUUACCAACUCCCAGCAUGGCGACCUCAGAUAAAGUUCGGGUCAAUGGGUAUAGGCCAUCAGCCAGCUUAAUUCUAGCAGGCAAAGCGGUGUCCAACUCAAAAGCGCAAUUUGAUUACAAUCUUUUGCUAAUUAAACGCACAGAGCGCACAUCAUAUGCACUAAAUCACUGCGUCUUUCCUGGCGGCGUUUUUGAUGCCAACGCAGAUGAAUCCGCCGAUUGGCUGACCUAUUUUCAGCAUUGUGGCAUUACCCAGGCGCAGUUGGAGCUAUUAAAAUGCCGCCAAGCUACAGGCAGACCAGAACUCUUGAGCCGGGGCGUUAAUUUCUCACGCGAUAUCUCACUGCGUCUAACAGCACUACGAGAAACCUUCGAGGAGGUGGGCAUUCUAUUGUGCUGUAAAAGUCUCAAGGACUUGGACAAGGGUCAGCCGGCACACGUGCUGUUGCAGCCACUCGAGCGUGAGCUCUGGCAGCAGCGCGUACACGAUGAUGCAACACAGUUUCUCGAGCUAUGUCGUCAUCUGUCUGUCAUACCCGAUCUGUGGGCACUGAGCGAGUGGUCGGUUUGGCGCACACCAGCUUCAGCGAGUCGCAAGUACGAUACGGUAUACUAUUUUGCAGCCUUAGAGACCAGCCAAGUGGAUUUGUUGCUCGAACCUACCGAGGUGGCUUCGGCUCACUGGCUGCACCCAGGCGACUGCUGGCAGCAAUCUCAGGAGGGCACAAUCUGGCUGCCUUUUAUCCUGCUCUAUGAGACGGCGCGUCUAAUGAGCAUGCAUUGCUGGGAGCAGCUUCUACAGUUUGCGCAUAAUCGCAGCGCCCGAGGCUCGACGCUACUGCAGCCAAUCUAUUAUCGGACUACUGACUGCCUGCUUGGCGUCUUGCCAGGCGAUGAACUCUACUUGGCUAAGCCGGAGAACUGCACCGAGUCCAUAAUAUUACCGAGCUCCAUUAAUGAACUUAAUGCACUUGCCAAGCGUUACAAUCGCUAUAUGAUCUAUGGCUUCGAGCGCGUGGAUUUUGCCUGCAAUGUAUUGCCCCUGAAUGGCCAUUUGCCGCUGCACGCGCUUGUAAAUACUCGGCUAGCCAAAUUAUAACAUAAAAUAAUUUAAAUAUGUAUAUAAACUGAGUUGUGGCUAAUUAUAGCUCAUUUGUUGUAAACUCCUAUAUGGAUCUUUUGUUGCCGUCAAGUUAAUACAAAA